AUGGGAGGAAAAUUACAACCACAUUAUUACGGUCCAUGUCGGUUAAUCAAACAGCUAUCACCGAACACGUUCACAGUAUGUCGUUUAAGUGAUAAUGUGAACGUGGGUGCAACGAAUACAGAUAGAAUCAAACCAUAUAUCGAAUUAAACAGAAACAACCGAGGGACGACAACAACCACAAAGGAUCAAUCAGCUCAAGAAAAACAGACUGAAACAUUAAUCAACAAUCAAGAAGCACGAUUAUCCGAUUUAUAUUUACGAAAUGUGAAAAGAAAUCAACCGCCUACGGGCAAUAAUUCAUCGCAGCGUCGAGCGUCAGAUCGUCAACGCAGAGUGUCGAUGCGCUAUAUUGAAAAUUAA